UUUAUACAUAAUAAAAAUAUAAACAAAUAAUACAUUGUUAGAAACUUUUACAAAAAAUAACAUUAAAUUCUUAUCGAUGAAUGAAACAAAACGCCUGAAUUACCUCAUAUUGACUGAAUUAAUAAAAACGAGGUUAUAGUUUUCACUGUUUUUUUUUUUGAGGUUAUGUUUUCCAGCUGUAAAUAGCUGAAAUUUCAAAUUGUUUUUAACUGAAAAAAACUGGAAUUUUGUACAUUCUCGCGGAAUGUAAUUUAAACCGGUCAUUAUGGGUCCAGAAGACAGCCUGGAAGCACGCCAGAGCAACGAAUUAGAAGCUCUACAGGCAAUUUAUGGCGAGGAAUUGAAAGAUUUAAGAAAAAAAGCCGCGUGGAACAAGUGGUCGCCUUUAAAUCUGUCCAUUACUUUAACUCCGCAAAGGGGCAGCUCAGAAAACGGAGAAACCCAUAUAAAACUUGAUUUGCAUAUAGUCUGCUCUGAAAAAUACCCAGAAAAGGUGCCUGAAAUCCUUCUGGAAAAUGUUAAAGGUAUCUCUCACACUAUCCUUCAAGAACUAAAGCAGGAUCUAAUAGAAAAAGCCCAACAAUAUGAAGGCGAAGAAGUGAUUUUCCAGCUGUGCCAGUAUGUAGAGGAGUUUUUGCAUAAACAUAAGAAACCAGCUAUGAAAAGUUUUUAUGAUGAAAUGUUAAUGAACCAGGAGGAGAAAAAGAGACAGGAAGAGCUACAGAAGCAGCUGGAGGAAGAAAAACAGAGGGAAACUCUGAAGAAGGAAGUUGAAAAAAGGCAAGAGUUGUUACGGACCGAGGCGAGAUUACGGAAAGAAAGACAGAGGAGUAUAUCGGAAAUUGAGUCAGAAGAAGAUGUGGCUAGUAGGAGAACUAUUAGGAGGCAGAGAAGCAGUUCAGUAGCGGUUAUUGAGGAAUUAAAAUGUGACCACAAAAAAACCAUUUUAAUAAAUUUUAAUGGUAGAAAUGUCAAAAGAGGACAAUGCCUAAGACAUUAUGAGUCAUAUGCAGUCCUGUACUCAGGAAUGGAUUUAGAUUCCGGGGAAUUAGUGCAAAUAGCUGAAUGGAAAAUCGAACAUAGAAGUCCGGAAUCAGUAUUAAAACAACUUUCCGGUAUAGAACAGGAGUUCAACUAUUUGACCACAUUGAAACACAAAAACUUGAACCAUUAUUUGGGAUUUAAGCAUGAAUUGAUAGAAGGAAUUGUUAUCGUUUAUGUUUUGAUGGAGUUCACUCAAGUGCCCAACUAUCACGCCCUACUCACCUCUCAGAACCUCAAAAUUGACCUCGAGUACCUCAAAUGUGUCACAAAAGACAUUUUAACCGCCUUGGAGUACCUUCACAGGAACAACGUCGUGCACAAGAGCCUCGGAGACAGUUGUAUUAGGAUUGACGAUAAGGGCAUCAUCAAAGUGUCCGACUACAGUAUUUACAAAAGACUCUCGGACUUGAUUCGUUCGUCACACGGUUCCUACAAUAAGAAGACUGACAUUUUCGACUUUGGAAAAUACGUAUUGAAAAUAUUGGGUCAGGAGGCACCCGACGACGAUAACAUCGAGAUUCCUACCCAUAUACAGAGUGAUUUUUAUGAUUUUUUAAUUAAGUGUCUGAACAAGGAGGAAAAAGAGCGUUAUACGGCCAAUCAGCUGCUAAACCAUCCGUUCUUCCAGAAACCGGUGAAUCCGUUGUCCCCCUUACAUGUCCCGAACGAACUUCCACCGGAACGUAACAGUUCCCCGGAAAUUUCCCAUUCGAGGUUGUCCAGCGGUAACGGGAACACGCAGUCCAGGAUUUCGAACGAGUUCGAGAUCCUGGAACAUCUCGGAAAGGGGGCUUUCGGGGACGUUUUAAAGGCAAGGAACAAACUGGACGGAGGCUGCUACGCGAUAAAACGCAUCAAACUAAACCCGCGCAACAAAAAUUUAAACAAGAAAAUCGUGAGGGAGGUCACGCUCUUGUCCAGAUUGAACCACGAGAACGUCGUGCGGUAUUACAACUCCUGGAUCGAGACCACCACGAUUCUGAAAGGGGAACAGGAGGACGAAUCCAGUGUUAAUUCCUCAGUUGACGUCUCGCCGGUGCACGAUAAACCGGUCCAGACAGUUGCGAAGAAGGAUGUGUUCACAUUGAGCGACGACAUAGAAAAACUCGCUCCGCCAAUGAAAAACAUCGAAAUAUCCGUGACGUAUGACAGUAAAUCGCACGCCCCGUACGACGACGAGUCCUCCGAGGAUGAUUCCAGCGACGACGACGAGGACGAUCCCUUUACGGGAAAAUUCCAUCCAGAGUCAGAUUCCGACUCGGACCUGAUAGAAUUCGCGAGAGGUUCGGGAGAGGGCACCACCACCUCCUCAUCGUCCAAGAGUUCCGCACCUCCGGAUGAGGCGCAGGGCCCCCUCGAGCCCGCUUUACCAGAGACCGUCCUACAGAUCGACUAUUUGUACAUCCAGAUGGAAUUUUGCGAGAAGAGCACCCUGAGGAGCGCCAUCGACGAUGACAACUUGUAUUUGAACGAGGACAGAGUGUGGAGAUUGUUUAGGGAAAUUGUUGAAGGUUUGGCUCAUAUUCACUUACAAGGUAUGAUCCAUAGGGACCUGAAACCGGUCAAUAUUUUCUUGGAUUCGUUCGAUCACGUUAAAAUUGGUGACUUCGGGCUGGCCACUACCAUCGCCAUACGGUACAGACAAGGAGAGAUUGGCGCAUCAGCAAGAAGCCAAACCGAAUGCUUAAGGGAAGACCUGGCGGACGAGAGUAAAACCGGACAAGUCGGUACCGCAUUGUACGUUGCGCCUGAAAUUAACUCGGCCAGCAGAGCGGUUUAUAACGAAAAAGUUGAUAUUUACAGUUUAGGAAUUAUCCUGUUCGAGAUGUCUUACAGGCCCUUACCCACUGCCAUGGAAAGAAUUAAGGUGCUCACCAAGUUAAGGAUGAAGGAGGUGCUUUUACCGGACGAUUUUUGCACUAAAAAGCAGUUUUUAAUUAAGUGGCUACUGAACCACGACAUCGCCAAACGUCCCACCUCCUUGGAACUGCUCCAAUCCGAACAUUUACCGCCUCCGAUUUUAGAGGAUCGCGAGCUACAGGAAUUAGUGAGGCACACCUUAAGCAAUCCCCAAUCAAAAGGAUAUAGGUUUCUCAUCUCUUCGUGUUUCAAACAAACCAUCACGCCGGCCCAAGACAUCACUUAUGAUAGGGACCCUGCGAAUCCAAUCUGCUCGAAAUCUUUGAACCUGUACAAUUUCGUGAGGGAAGUUUGCGUCAAGACUUUUAAACUCCACGGCGGCCAAAACGUAGUCACCCCCCUGCUGAUGCCCCAAAGCAAAUUUCACGAGGACACCGAGUCUUGCGUUCGACUGAUGACCCAUAUCGGAAACAUCGUGACCUUGUCCCACGAUCUCAGGGUUCCUUUCGCAAGAUAUUUGGCGUGGAACGGGAUCACUACCCUCAAAAGAUACUCCGUUGAGCGAGCCUGCAAAGAAAAGAAAGUUUUCGGAUUCGUACCCAGGGAGUUUUACGAGUGCGCUUUCGAUAUAGUGAGUCCUACCCAGGGCAAUUUAAUGCCGGACGCAGAGAUUUUAUGCAUCGUAUACAAAAUAAUCAACGAGCUGCCCGGCAUGAAACAUAAACAUUUCCAGAUAAGACUGAACCACACGUCCCUGUUUAGAGCCAUUUUAAUGCAUUGCGGUCUAAAAGAGGAACAAGAUUUACUGCGAUUGCUCUCCGAUAUAAAGGAGAGUAAAGUGCCAAAGUCCCAACUGCAAGACUUCCUGAUUCACAAGGAGCUCUCCGACAGCAAUAUAACCUUAUUAACGAACUUUUUAAAUAACGAUUUCGAAUUGACGAAAACGUCGAAUCACUUUCACAUGAUUACGAGGAAGAAAUCGAGAGUGGCCGCGGCUCUGAUCAAAGAGGCGAUGCAAGAGUUGAAAGUAAUCGUCGAGAAUGCCCGUCUGUUUGGCGUCGAGUUCGAUAUGGUGUUAGCUCCAGGCCUAACCUACAACAUUCAACAAUUCUCCGGAAUGAUUUGUCAAGUGGUGGGCGAACUUAAGAAGAAAAAGAAACACGACAACAAGGAGGUGGUGGCUGUUGGUGGUCGAUAUGACGGCAUGAUCGCCCAUUACAGACGAAUCAUGGAACAGGCCGAAGGUAAAGGUGCCAAAGAGAUUCAACAGUCUGCCGUCGGUAUAUCAAUAUCCUUGGACAAGCUGGUACAAGCGGUGCAAAAACAGGACAACGAACCGUUACCCAAAUUGAACGCGUUAGACGUUAUAGUUUGUUCGGUGGGAUGUAAUCAAUUCGUUCAAGAAAAAGCUAAAAUUUUAAAAGAUCUAUGGGCGGCAGGAGUGAGAUGCGCACUCAUAGAGUGUAGCAACACCGUUGACUGUCAGGAGCAACUGAUGGAAGUAGGUGUGUCGCACGCGAUUAUCCUGAAAGAUAACGAGCAGGGAACGGUGAGGCUGAAAAGUUGGGAAAAGGACUCGAAAACUUCGUUCGAUCGCUUUCAAGAAAAAUGCUACUCGAUCACCGAAAUCGUUCAAGUGAUGCAAAAGAUCCUGAAAGUGCGUAACGACAGUUUAACGGAGACGGCCCAAAGUGCGACGGUACUGUCACGGUGCGACAGUAAAACCAACAAUUCGGAGAGAAGCGAGAACGAUACGCCUAUAGACGUUUUAUUGGUCACCUCCAAGAAAUUAUCGUCGAACACCCGAAGGAGAUUCGAAAAUCAAGUUAAAUCCCACUUAGAUAACACAUUUAAAAAGUUCACGACCGUUAUAGCGGUCGACAUCGAGGCCAAGGAGGUGAGAACGCUGACUUCUUUGUUGGAUUUCGAUUCGGAAAAUGCGUUUACGAAGUCCGUGCAACUUUGUAUCGGAAAGCAUCAAAAGCACCGGGAGUACAUGCACGAAAUCUGCGAGGAAAUCUGGAACGUUAAGACGAAAAAGAACAAUCCGACGCUCUUCCUUUAUAGUCUAAUCGAUAAUUUUUACAGUGUCAUUUUAUAGUGUUUGUCAUUUUAUACGUAAAUAUUGAGAUAAUGUUGUCCGAUGAGAGGCUCAAGAGCUUUUUUGGGCAAUACAUAACGUUUCAGUAUUAAUUGAUGCCAUUCACAGAGCGAGAACUACCAAUGGUUCUGAGAGAGAGAUAUUUGAGGUUUAAUUUGCGAUGGAAGUGUGUUAUAUUGGAUUUUGUAAGGUGAGAUAUAAGCUAAAAAAAAUCAUCAUUUGAUUCUUUGGCUACAAUAUAGCCAGAUGUUCGAGGACUAAUUUGAUCUAUAGAAAUCAAAAAACGGUAACAAAAACCGGCCAUUUCAGUUUAAUAAUUGUCCAAAAAAAGCUCUUUAACACUCAUUCAAUCAUUUUAAAUGGUCAUGUAAGUUUUAUUACUACGAUUACUAUUUUUUUUUUGUAUAAACGAAUAUAAAGUAUUUUUAUAUAACAA